AUGGAGUGCCUGCGAGGCACAUUUAGCAGUACCUCAGUGCAACCAAUUGCGCUGCAGGGCCUGCGAUCCAGCAUAAAUUCUUCCAAGCUCUCCGUUCUCGGACUGUCCAGUCAGCUUCCCAAUGCUCUUAGGGUUCACUAUGGCAAUUACCUUCGCUCCGUAACGGAUAAACAAUUUCAUAGUUCUUCCGUUAGAGCCACGGCAGUGAGAGUGACCGCAGCAGUUGCUGCAGGAAGCAAGGUGAAAGUGCGUUUCAAUCUCCCGAUUCAGGUAAAAUUCGGGGAGAGUAUUGCGGUUGUCGGAUCUGCUGAUUGGCUCGGAUCCUGGACCGAUCCGAAAACCCUCCAAUGGAGCGAAGCCGGCUGGAGCAUUACCCUUGACGCUCCGGCAGGUCAAGACGUGGAGUUCAAAUUUGUGAUUGUAAAGAACGGGAAGAGCGCGGUCUGGGAGGACGGUCCUAACAGGAAGGUGACUGUUCCGGGGGUUGAACCACGCGGUAGAGAAUUCAACACCAAUGUCGAUUGGAACAAAACCGCUGCAACCCUGUCGUGGGAGGUUACUAAGGAGGAUAAAGAGGAAUCUUAUAACGAGGCUCCAGUCGGCGAUGUCGGGUCUGAGAGCGAGGGGGAGUUCUCAUCCGCGGAAGACGGGGUGGAAUUGGAGGAGAGUGCGUUCGCGCAGAAGUGGGCGGGAAGGGGUGUUGAGUUUAUGCGGAGCAACGCACACAAGAGCGAGAGGCGCGGCCGGUGGGACACGAGCGGGCUGGACGGACCGGCUAAGGCGCUCGUGGAGGCUGAUAAGAGCGCAGGGAACUGGUGGCGCAAGCUGGAAGCAGUGGAGAAGCUUCUAUUGCCGUUGGAGCGGGGUCAGCGCCUUGAUGCCAUGAUCUACGCGUCUAUCUACCUGCAGUGGAUCAACACGGGGCAGAUCCCGUGCGUGGAGGACGGCGGGCACAGGCGGCCCAAUCGCCAUGCGGAGAUCUCCCGCCGCAUCUUCCGCUGGCUUGAGAAGGAGGGCACCAGAGGCUCUGCACUCACGUCCGAGGAGAAGGUGGUGAUGCGCAAGAUCCAUCCGCGCCUGCCCGCCUUCUCUGCGGAUUUCACGGCGUCCGUGCCCCUCACGCGCAUCCGUGACAUUGCCCACCGCAACGACAUCCCCCACAACCUUAAGCAAGAGAUCAAGCACACGAUUCAGAACAAGCUGCACCGCAACGCUGGGCCUGAGGAUCUAGUGGCCACGGAGCUGCUGCUGCGGAGGGUGACUCGCACUCCAGGGGAGUACAGCGAGGCGUUCGUACAGCAGCUGAAGCUGUUCUACGCCGAGUUGAAAGAUUUUUUCAAUGCGAGCAGUCUGACGGAGCUGCUGGAGAGCAUUCGACCGUCUCUGGACGAGACUGGCACUGCCAUGCUGCAGAACUUCCUCGCAUGCAAGCAGUCUGUUGACGCGCUGCCUUCUUCUGCCCUGGCGAUCGACGGAGGAGCAGCACAGGGCGCGGCAGCGUCCGGGCGGCCGACUGACGUGCUGAUGUCAGCGCUGCACGCGCUGACGGGGCUGCGGGCCGUGCUGAUGUACUCGCUGGAGAGUGGGCUCAGGAACGAUGCUCCUGAUGAUGCAAUUGCCAUGCGCCAGAAGUGGCGACUGGCAGAGAUCUGUCUGGAGGAGUACUUCUUUGUUCUACUCAGCAGGUUCCUCAAUGAGCUGUUUGAUGAGGAAGGGGGGGACAAAGCAGCAGAAGUCAUGGCAGGGGAGAUUCGCAUGGGGCAGCUGGGGCACGUGGGGGUGGCGCUGGGGGCGGCAGUGCUGGGGCUGCGGCACCUGGGGCUGUCCGGGUGGAACCAGGCGGAGUGCUUCUGCCUUGAGAAUGAGCUCGCUUCCUGGCAGGCUGCUGGGAUUGGCAGUGCAGGUGUGGCAUCAGAGCACGACCUGCGGUGGUGGGCGCUGAGGCUCAAGGCCUCUCUGGACCGCAUGAGGCGACUCACAGAGGCCUUCACAGAGACCACGCUCGAGCUCUUCUUUGAGCCCUCACAGAAGCUGGGCCACGCACUGGGAAUCGAGGAGAACGCUGUCCGCACGUUUGCAGAGGCAGAGAUUCGAUCCAGCGUGGUGUUUCAGCUGGCGAAGCUCACCUCCCUGCUGCUGCGCGUGAUGCGAUCAGUGCUUGGAGCAGAGGGCUGGGACGUGCUCGUUCCUGGCACUGCUGUGGGCAAGCUCGUGGAGGUGGAGCGUAUCGACCCUGACCUCCUGGCAACGCUCAAGGGCGAGCAGGGGGUGGUGCUGCUGGUGCAGCGUGCAGAGGGGGAUGAGGAGGUGAAAGCAGCAGGCGCCAACCUCAAGGCCGUUGUGCUGCUGCAGGAGCUGCCGCACCUCUCCCACCUGGCCGUGAGGGCCAGACAGGAGGGUGUGCUUCUCAUGACAUGCGAGGAUGAGAACCGAAUUGCUGCUCUCCGUUCUGCCGUUGGCUCUCGAAUCCGCCUCGAGGCGGGCGUGGAAGGCGUGAAGGUCAUAACAGGAGCUGCUGUGGACCAGCACUCGUCCUCGUCCUCUGCAGAUGCUGCCACCGGUAGCAGCAGUGCGAAGAGCGAGGACGAAUUGUGGGUGCAGGCACUGAAACCGCGACCUAUCCGAGUGCAGGAGGCGCGGCUGCCAGUGCUGCCACUGCACGAGGCCCAGCUGGCCACGUGUGGCGCCAAGGCACAUGCAUGCGCCAAACUUGAGGAGCUUUCAAUCGCCUCCACCUUUGCAGGUGCCGAUUUCUCCGUCCCUCGUUCCGCUGUCAUCACCUUCGGGGUAAUGGACGAGGCCAUCACCGCUUCCAACCGCCGCACACUCUUCCACCGCCUCGUCGCCACCCUCGACGACCCGAACCUUCAAGGGACCUCCCUAGACGAUACCUGCACCCAAAUCCGCACCCUCCUAGAGGAAUCCCCCCUCCCGCCAGCAUUCUUCCGAACCCUCUCGUACAUCUUCUCUGCAAACGCUCGCCUUAUCGUCCGCUCGAGCGCCAACGUGGAAGAUCUAGCUGGCAUGUCCGGAGCUGGGCUGUACGAUUCCAUACCUGACGUCACCCUUUCCGAACCUGCUUCGUUCGGCCGAGCCGUAGCUUCGGUGUGGGCAUCUCUGUUCACGCGGCGAGCCGUGCUGAGCCGGCGGGCAGCGGGCGUGCGUCAGAGCGAUGCGGCUAUGGCGGUUCUAGUCCAGGAGUUAAUCUCCCCGCCGGACCUUAGCUUCGUGCUGCAUACUAAGGGGAUCGGCACUGGUGCUGGCGGCGCCCUCGUUGUCCCCAGCCCGCGACUUGAUAACAGCAACAGCAGUAGCGGCGGCAGCAGUAAUGGGAAAGCUGUAGGGUCUGUUACAUCUGCAUCUGCAAGUGCUGUUGCUCCCGGCUCUCCUCCACCGUCCGAUUUCCUCUCUGCUGAGGUUGCGCCGGGACUGGGCGAGACCCUGGCGUCCGGCACACGUGGCACCGCGUGGCGCUUCGCGGUUGGCAAAUCCGACGGCUCAGUGCGAAUCCUGGCUUUUGCUAAUUUUAGCGAGAAAAUUGCCUCCCAUGCCGUCGCGGUCUCCUCUUCCCCGUCGCUUCGCUCCUCCCCUUCCUCCUCCUCCUGCCACGUGUCGUUCCCCACAUCCACAACUACAGCAGCAGCACGAAUGGCAGCAUCGCACGUGGCUCCCAGACGAUUCGCGAAUCCAUCAGUUCGUGUUUCCCGCGAGUGCAUCCUCUCGGGCGUACCGAAGCCCAGAAGACUACAGCUGUCUAAUGGCAGUCGAAUUCAAUGCAAUUUGACGCCCCCUAUAGUCACAUCCGCUGCGUCGUCCGCUGCAGCGGUAGCCAUGGCAGCUGGGGGUAGCUCCGCUGUGACUAUAGCGAGCAGCUGGUUCACGCUCUGCACGGCUGCCGUCAUCCCUCUUUAUACGCUGAUGAUCUUCGCGCCAGACUGGCACGUGACUGAGAAGAUCAUGAGCAGCUCCCUACCGAGCAUUCUGCUGGGCUUCGUGUAUCUCUACCUGCUCUACAAGUCGUGGACGCCCAACACGCUGCUCUACAUGUUCUCCUCCAAAUACUGGCUGCCCGAGCUAGCGGGCAUCACUCAAAUGUUUGCCAGCACCCUCACUGUCGCCUCCGCCUGGAUCCAUCUGCUGGCUGUUGACCUCUUCGCUGCCAGGCACGUGUAUUUGGACGGAUUGAAGCAGAAGCUCGAGACGCGGCACUCUCUUGUGCUCUGUCUCAUGUUCGGACCACUAGGCAUCGCCGCACAUUCCCUCACCAAAACCAUCGCCCAGAUCUUUCGCCGCUCGAGGAGAGGCCGCAAUGCAUCGCGGACUGUACAGGACAUUCCCUCGCCUCCGUGA